AAGCCCUGCCUCCGGAGCCGGAUCUCCUUGUCCGGCGUGACCGAGGAGAUGUGGACGGACGAACACCUGGCUGCGAUGGACCAGUUCCUGAAGGACGUCAGCCAGACCAUGUUGGUCUUUUACGUUGACGACUACGCCGGGUUGAAAGUGGAGCCGGUCAUGCCCCAUCAGGAGCAGAAGCAGCUCGCCUACUUCAUCCGCCAGGAGAAGGCGGAAAUCACGGAGGAGAACUUCCACGAAGUGGUGCAAUUCGGCUCCGUGCGCAAACCCUACAUCGAUUCCCUGACGCGCAUGCUCAACGCGGUCUACUUGCCCCGCCUCUUCCGCAAAGGCUCCUGGCCCGAAAGCAUAAAAAACGAAAUUUUCUCCGAAAUUUACCAUUUCAUGACCUCCCUGACAGAUACUCGCUACAAGAUGAAGGGCCGCACCGUCCUUUACAUCCCGAUUGAGUCGCGCUCCAUCAGCGCCGAGGUGGCCCUGAAGGACAAAGCCCUGGUUCAACGCCUGGAGACUUCCAUGAUCCACUGGACCCGGCAGAUCAAGGACGUGCUGAGGGCCCAGGAGGCGGUGGAGAGCCGGGAAAGCUCGGGGCCCCUGGAGGAGAUCGCCUUCUGGAAGAACCGCUGCACCGACCUGUCGGAGAUCAGCAAGCAGCUGUGCCAGAAGGGGGUGAAGGACAUUGAGGGCGUCCUGACCCUCUCCAAGUCCUCCUACGUGGCCCCCUUCCAGCGCCUCUCCCGGCAGAUCCAGGACGGGUCGGAGCAGGCCCAGUCCAACCUCCGCUUCCUGUCCAUCCUGAAAGAGCCCUUCCAGGAACUGGCCACCCUGCGCCCCAAAGACAUCCCCGAGAAGCUGCCCCAUCUCAUCAGCCUGGUCCGGAUCGUGUGGGUCAACUCCCCCUACUACAACAGCCGGGAGAGGAUCACGGCCCUCUUCCGGAAGAUGAGCAACAAAAUCAUCCAGAUGUGCUGCAAGGACAUUUCCCUGGACCGGCUUUUCGAAGGCUACAUCAACUCGACCCGUCAGACCUUGCACAGCUGCAUCUCCUGCAUGUCCUCCUGGAAGGACUGCUACCAGCAGGCCUCCUACAUGCACAAUAAGCUUUCUGGGAAGGGAUGGGUCCUGGACCAGACCAGCAUCUUUGCCCAGGUGGAUGCCUUUGUCCAACGCUGCAAGGACCUCCUGGAGGUCUGCGAUAGCCAACAGCACUUUGCCCGCUGGGAAGACGGCAAGCAGACUCCACUGCCUUGUUUCUUCGGUCAACAAGGCCCUCAGAUGGCCCGGAGCAUGCUGGAGAUCGAGGAGACCUUCAAUAAAUAUCUCAACAACCUCCGGAACGUAAAAGGAGGGAUUCUGGAUGUGAAGAACACGACCUGGCACGAAGACUUCAACCGCUUCCGCGCAGGAGUCAAAGACCUGGAAGUCAUGACCCAGAACUUGAUGACUUCGGCCUUCGAGACGGUGAAGGAUGUAGAGCACGGGGUGGAGAUUCAAGACAUCUUCCAACAUCUGUCAUCCCGAGAGGCCAUCAAGCGCACCUUCGACAAGAAGACCGUUGACGUUUUCAUGCUCUUCAACCGGGAGCUCUCCCUGGUCAACAAGGAACUGAGCAAGAAGAUUCCUUUCCUCCCGCCGUACAUGUGCCAUUACUCCGGCAUGGCCCACUGGAUGCGUGCGCUCCGCCGCCGUGUGGACAGACCCAUGCAGUGUCUCACCAAAGCCCACUUUAUCCCUCACAUUGGGACCGGAGAGGAGAGCUUCCAGACCUACCAGCUUCUGGUGCAGGCCAUGGAUGAGAUCGAGAGAAAGACCUUUCACGAGUGGACCCAAGGCUUGGACAAGGACAGCUUGAAGCGCCUGGACACCCCUCUGCUCAUCCCGAGCGCCGAGAUGCCGGGAAUGCUGGACAUCAAUUUUGACAAGUGA